CUCUCUCUCUCUCUCUCUCUCUCUCUCUCUCUCUCUCUCUCUCUGCUGACCUCAUGUAUGAUGUGCUACUCUCACUGUGCCAGUAGGUGGGAGGGAGAGGGGUGGGACCACCACUCUGGUUAAUAGUGGGUGUAGCCCACCACUCUGAGGUCAUCUAAUUCCUCAUAGUCCACCCCCCUACACACACACACACACACACACACACACACACACACACACACACACACACACACACACACACACACACACACACACACACACACACACACACACACACACACACACACACACACACACAAACAGACUCACUCUUCUGAACCAGAACACACUGUACAGUGCCCUGGCCCCUGUUAGCCCGAGGCAGAGCGCUGGUAAACAUCCACUACCUGCUAGCCUGCUAGCCCUAAGCCUGAUCCUAGUACAUGACCGGGAGCUAAUGGUUUGUGCUGGCUCCUCGUGACAAUGUGAAAGGAGAGGCGUCGCCAGCAGGAAGAGGAGGAAAAGGUGAAGAGAGAGACGGAAGAAGAGAAGUGGAAGUUGGCCCAGAAACAGAAAAAGUCCUUAAGAGAUCAGUGGUUCAGUGAUCCAGGUGAUGCCCUCGAGGUACAGUCAGACUUGCCCCAGCUGCACAGUCAAUCAACGACUGAGGAAGGAGAACAGGAAGUCUGCAUCAGAGGACCGAAGGACUCAGCUUCUGUGGUGAGUUCAGGGAAAGAAGUCUACAUCCAAGGGACUGGAGGAAGUGACAUCACCGAAGACAUGUCACAACAGAUCUUCCACGAGGGUGGCCAAGAUGGCCGAUCAGUCCUGGGGAUGGUGGCGGUGCAGGUGGAGGUGGACCCCCGGACGGGCGCCACCGUGGUCCGCUCCGUGGCGCCCAUGUCGGCGCCGGUGGGCGCCAUGGCGACCACGGUGUUCGACGACGGCCGCAAGAGCGUGCACGCCAUCGGCGGGGGCGGCGCCCAGCCCUCGGCGGAGGAGCUGGGCCGCAUCCUGAGCGCCAUCGACGGCGUGGGGAUGACGGUGCUGCUGGACGACGUCGCCGUGACGACGAGCGCGAGCGCGGCGUCGGACGCCAGCGCCGGAGAACGUUCCCGGGGGUCCCCGGCGGCCGCGGGGUCCGUGGACGCAUCGCCGCGCGUCGUCGAGGUGAGGGGCGGAUCGGGGGGCGGGGCCCAGGUCGGGGAGACGGGAGCGGAGGAGGGAGGGGGCGUGGCCGUCACCCGCGGCCAGGUGGAGUCUGCCAUGACGGUGAGGGAGGCGGCCGGUCAGCCAAUCGUCACGGAGGAGGCGCCGGGGGCGGGGCCGGACUACGAGACCCCGGUGGUCCUGACCUUUCUGGGCUACGCCGACUCCGACCAGCGGGAGGGGCCGGAGGGCGUGGCCCUGGGCCGAGACGACCGGGGGGGCGUGCUCACCGUGGAGCGAGUGGUCAUCGACGCCGGGGACGAAGACGGCGACGAAGAGGAGAAGGAGGAGGUUCUGGAGCCCUCCGUGAACGGGGGUCCCGCGGGGCCGGGCGGGGCCCCUGAGCAGGACGGAGCGUUCCAGGAGGUCCGGCUGGACGGGAGCGUGAAGCGGGCCCCGGCCAAGGGGGCGGAGCCUGACAAGGUGCCCUCGGAGCCGGCCACACCCAAGGAGGGGAGCAAGGAGACAGAGGAGUCCUCCAAACCCAAGGCCUGUCAAUGCUGCUCUGUCAUGUAGCAGGGAGGGGGAGGAGAGAAGGAGAGGGAGAAAUAAAGAAAGGAAACGAGAAAGUACCGCAAACCACUUCUGCCUCCUGUUGGACAAAACUGAGAACUACAACGAGGGAGAGGGAGAGGGAGAGGGGGAGAGAGGGAGAAAGGGAGAGAGGGAGAGAGAAUUUGCCACAGAUCAUAGCAUGUUAUAUGCUGUUUUAUUUAACCUGAUUAAUCUAAGAAAUAACAAACAAACAUUGCCAUGGCUGCCUCUUACAUUAUAUUUGACAAUACAUGAUAAUUUCAUGACAUUCAUUUCAUUCAAAUAAACAUAACAUUAACAUUGUGUUCAGGUUAGUAUUACACAACAUGAUUAUAAUUGAUCAUUUAGUUCAUUCUGCAGAUGCAGAUCGAACAUAUUGUGUACGAAAUAGGUACAACGCCUUGCAGUGACCACAGACGACAUCAUACUAAGAUAAGAGAAAAGUUCGCUGGAUAACAAUUGUGUUUUGGUUUGUUCAUCCAAGUGGAAAGCGGUGGACUACUACAACCACUACUCUAUCCGCGUGGCCGAGAACAGAGCACUUGUUUUGAGGAACGGUGACUGAAUUACCGCUGAAGCGUAUUUAAUGUAAACCAUGCUCGCCCCCUGCUGGAAGACAAGGAGAACUACAAUGACCGGGGCUCGCAUACAGGCUUGAGCCAAGAAAUCACGCAUCACUCACAUGGCUUAAGAGCCCAAAGGAAGAAUUGUAUUCGUUACGGUACAAAUCGACUGUGUAUCCUACGUUAUAUCCAAAGGAUACAAAGCAUUUAAUUGAAUAAAAUAUCUUCAUAUCCCACUUUUAACAUUACAAUAUUGAAAUGUUACUCAUGUUUCUUUGGGGUUAUUUUUUAACCAGUUUUUGACCACUUGACUGUAGCUGCUGGAGAAUUGUGAUCAACUGGACAACUGGAAUGUAUCAUUAAAUAAUGUUGUUUGAAA